AUGGAGAAGGGGGAAGAUGAUGGAAUCAGUGCGUUGCCUGAUUGUUUGCUUCUUGAAAUCCUCUCUCGUUUGCCGUCCACAAAAGACGCCAUCAUAACAAGUACACUCGCCAAGCGAUGGGAACAUGUUUGGACUUGGGUACCUUCUCUGAUCUUUAAGCAUUCAAAUCAUUCCUUCGAAAACCCUAACUCAAGUUCCGAUUUCGCAUCAUUGGUGGACAAAACCCUAACUCAAUGUCGCCAAUUGAAGCUCAAGAAAUUCCAAGUGCAUACCUUUUAUGAUAUUCGAUUUGAAUCGCAGUUCAACAAUUGGAUUCAUUAUGCUAUAAGUUGUAACGUUGAAGAGCUUAACUUGAAGUUUUUGGGACGGGAACCUGAGUUUUUGUUAGAUCAAUUUUUGUUCAAUAAUUCAUGUUUUACCGAUGUGAGAUUAGCAGGAUGUAAGUUGAAUCCAACUGGGGCGAUUAGUUGGGAAAAUCUUAGGAGUUUGUGUAUUUCCAAUGUGAAUUUAGAUGAAGACUUGAUUGUAAAAAUAUUAUCCGGGAGUCCUCUAUUGGAAACUUUGGUAGUGGAAUAUUGCUAUGGUCAUGGGCGGCCCAAUAUUAUUUCAGAUGAUGAGUCUGAAUCUGAAUCUGAAGGCAGUGAUAUCAUCAAAAUCAGAAUGAGUGCUCCUACUAGUUUAUCACCAACUCAAUGUCCCAAACUCAAGAAAUUCAAAGUGUAUACCAGUUAUGAUGUUCAUUUUCAGUCGCAACUAAACAUUUGGAUUCACUAUGCUAUUAGAUGUAAUGUUAAAGAGCUUGACUUGGAGUUUUGGAAUACGGAUUCAGAAUAUGAGUUUAUAUUGGGUCAAAUUGUUUUCACCAGUUCAUGUUUUACCGAGCUGAGAGUAAAUGGAUGCAUGCUCAAUCCAGUUGGGGAGAUUAGUUGGAAAAGUCUUAGGAGUUUGUGUAUAUCUGGGUACCAGAGUUUAGAUGAAGAUUCGAUUGAAAAUAUAUUAUCUGGGAGUCCUGUAUUGGAAACUUUGAUUUUGGAUAAUUGCUAUGGUUAUAACCGGCUCGAUAUUACUUCAAAGAGUGUUAAAAACUUGGUGUUACGUGGAUACAAGGAUUUUUCUUAUGUUGAAUCUGAAGCUGAUAUCAUCGAAAUCAAUGCUCCUAAUAUUUUGUCACUAACAAUUGACCAUGACGUAUCAUUGUUGGAAGAAGAGGUGCUUAAAGGAUGUAUAAUCAAUCUUCGCCAUGUCACGGAGGUUGAACUUGGGUAUUUAUGUUCUAAGGCUAUUUCUUGUUUGCAAGCUAAAGGUUUCGUUCUUCCAUCAAAUGUGAAGCUUAGUGGAGUAAGGGAGUUGGCAAACAAGAUGCAGUCAGGACAUCACACCCACUUGAUAAAAGGCCUCCGGUCUAAACACCUCGAAAGCAUCGCACCGGUAGAACCAAAAGUGCAAAAUGCAAGGAAAAACAAAAAUUUUAUGCUACAACACUGUGACCGGCAAGCGCCAAAUGGGAUUACAGCCAUGACUUCCACAAGGGAGACGAUUCGAUUAUUAUCAACAACCUCAUGGGAAAAAUCCAUGCAAGCGAUAUCUAUGUAUAUAACGGAAGCUCUACGGAUGUCAUGUAUAAACACUUUUUCAAACAGCUACCCGGGAAUGUACGCGCAAGAGCAAGCCCACCAGAAAGUCACUUAG